AUGUCUGAGAUUGAUCUUGCGCAGUUAGAAGUUUUGUGCAAGCAAUUUUAUGAUGCCAGUAACCCUGAAGAAAGAGUUUCUGCUGAAAAAACAUUAGUUAACUUCGUUCAUGCUCCUGAUUGCCUUCCAACCUGCCGUUUGCUGCUUGAAAGAGGAGAUUCGUCAUACGCUCAACUACUAGCGGCUACCACCUUAACAAAACUUGUGUCAAGAAAUCCACAAACAUUGACUUUACAACAAAGAAUUGAAAUAAGAAAUUAUGUUUUGACCUAUCUUGCCACAUGUCCAAAGUUAGCUACAUUUGUUACUCAAGCUUUAGUUCAACUUUUUGCCAGACUUACAAAAAUUGGCUGGUUUGACAUGUACAAAAAGGAACAUGUAUUUCGAAAUUUAAUAUCUCAACUAAGUGGUUUUCUACAGGGAUCUGUUGAAUAUUGUGUUAUAGGUGUUCAGUUACUUUCCCAAGUUACAUGUGAAAUAAACCAAAUGAGUGAGGCUGAGGCUAAUAAAUCCUUAACUAAACAAAGGAAAACGGCAACUACGUUUCGGGACACUGAAUUGUACGAUAUAUAUCAACUUUCCUGUGAUUUGUUAAGAAGAGCAUUAGAAAGUUGGAAAGUAGCAUCAUUUAAAGAUGAAGCAGAACAUAAUCUGAUGAAUGCAUUGCUUCGACUAGCUUACAAUUGCAUCUCAUUUGAUUUUAUUGGCACAUCUCCUGAUGAAUCCUCAGAUGACUUGUGCACAGUUCAAAUUCCUACGCGUUGGAGGCCUGCAUUCCUAGACUUUAAUUCUCUUCAACUAUUCUUUGACCUGUAUCACUGCUUAACGCCAAGUCUCUCAUCUGUGGCUUUACUAUGCAUUGUGCAAGUAGCAUCUGUACGGAGAACUUUGUUCAAUAAUGAAGAACGAGGAAAAUAUUUGGGCCAGUUGGUAACUGGAAUCAAAUCAAUCCUUGAAAAUCCUCAAAAACUUUCAGAUUCAAAUAAUUAUCAUGAGUUCUGUCGCCUUCUUGCAAGAUUAAAAACUAAUUAUCAAUUAGGAGAGCUUGUGAGAGUUGAAAAUUAUUCUGAAACAAUACGAUUAAUUGCCAAGUUCACUGUUACUAGCUUGCAAAUGUGGCAGUUUGCUCCAAACAGUAUUCACUAUUUGCUGAGUCUUUGGCAGCGCAUGGUUGCUUCAGUUCCGUAUGUUAAGGCAUCAGAACCUCAUCUCUUAGAAACAUACACUCCUGAAGUGACACAAGCGUUUGUUACCUCACGAUUAGAAUCUGUUGCUGUAGUUCGCAGGGAAGGGUUAGAAGACCCAUUAGAUGAUUUAGGAAUGGUUCAGCAACAGUUAGAUCAAAUGUCCAUCAUAGGAAGGUGUGAGUAUGAAAAAACAUGUGCAUUACUUGUACAGUUGUUCGAUCAAGCCGCUCAGAGGUAUCAAGAAUUGAUAAGCGCUGUCCCAAUCUCCCAACUAGACAUCCAAGUUCAAGAAGGACAAUUGACAUGGCUAGUGUAUAUAAUUGCUGCUGCUAUAGGUGGGAGAGUUUCUUUUAAUGCUGCUGAUGAGUAUGAUGCAAUGGAUGGUGAGCUCAUUUGCAGAGUUCUGCAGUUGAUGAAUCUCACAGAUAAUCGUAUCUCCCAGGGUGGUUGUGAAAAGCUGGAAAUGGCAAUGAUAUACUUUUUUGAGCAAUUCAGAAAAAUAUAUGUGGGAGAUCAAAUUCAACGAACAUCGAAGGUGUACAAGAGGUUAUCAGAAGUUCUCGGGGUUGCUGAUGAAUCUAUGGUUCUUAGUGUUUUUAUUCGUAAAAUACUCACAAAUCUGAAGUACUGGAGCAGAAGUGAACAAAUUAUAAACCGGACACUCCAGCUUCUGAGUGAUUUAUCUGUUGGUUAUACUAGCGUUAGAAAAUUAGUUAAACUGGAAGAAGUGCAAUUUAUGCUGAAUAAUCAUACUAGCGAACAUUUUCCAUUCUUGGGAAGUGGUGUUCAAAUAACCGAUAUGAGAUGUCGAUCUGUAUUUUAUACUGCCCUAGGAAGAUUAUUACUUAUUAAUUUAGGAGAAGAUGAGGAAAAAUUUGAGCAAUUCAUGAUGCCUUUAACAGCAACCUUUGAAUCAUUGGGUGCAGCUUUUGCUGCUGCUGAAACCGGUGUCUUCAAUGAAGCAGAAACUAAGAAGCAAUUGAUUGGUCUUGGAAGAGAUUUACGAGGAUUGGCAUUUGCAUUCAACUCAAAAAUCAGUUAUAUGAUGUUAUUUGAUUGGAUUUAUCCUGCUUACACACCAAUAUUACAUCGAGCUAUAGAAUUAUGGUAUCAUGAUCCCGUUAUAACGACACCCAUUUUAAAGCUUUUUACUGAACUUGUUGUAAAUAGAUCUCAACGCCUUCAGUUUGAUGUUUCAUCACCAAAUGGAAUUCUUCUUUUUAGGGAAGCUAGCAAAGUGAUUGUAAAUUAUGGGUCUCGAAUCUUAACGAUGACUUCAAUACCAAAGGAUCAAAUCUACAAGAUGAAAUUGAAAGGAAUAUCCAUCUGCUUUUCAAUGCUGAAAUCAGCUUUGUGUGGUGGAUAUGUUAAUUUUGGUGUUUUUCGUUGGUAUGGAGAUGUUGCUCUAGAUGAUGCUUUAAAUACAUUUGUCAAAAUGCUUUUAUCUAUUCCUCAGUCAGACUUAUUGCAUUAUCCUAAGUUGAGUCAAACGUAUUAUGUUCUGCUGGAAUGUUUAGCUCAGGACCACAUGAAUUUUUUGAGCAGUUUAGAGCCACAUCUGUUUUUAUACAUAUUAUCAUCUAUAUCUGAAGGUUUGUCUUCAUCAGAUACAAUGGUGUGUGCUGGCUGCUGUGCUGCAUUAGAUCAUUUAGUGACAUAUAUAUUCAAAAAAGUUUCUAGAACUGGAAGAAAACGCAGAACUAGUGGAACAGAGCAGCAGGAAGAAGAAACAUGUCUUCGAGUGCUGAAGCAGCAUCCCGAAAUUCUUCAACAGAUGCUCAGCACAAAUUUAAACAUUGUGAUAUUUGAAGAAUGUAGAAAUCAGUGGUCCAUGUCAAGGCCUUUAUUAGGUUUAAUUUUAUUAAAUGAAGAAUAUUUUAAUCAACUCCGGCAAAACAUUAUUAAUACCCAGUUACCUGAAAAACAGGGUGUUAUGGCACAGUGGUUUGAUAGUUUAAUGGAUGGUAUUGAGCGAAACCUUCAAACAAAGAACAGAGAACGGUUCACCCAGAAUUUAUCAGUGUUUCGGAGAGACGUCAAUGAUUCCUUGAAAGGUCCAAAUAUAAUAAAUCAAUCUGUGUAUGAUGUUAACUGACUUGUUCUUUGAAAUAUUAGGCUAAUAUUGUUGUAAACGGAGAAAAAGGCCUAAGCUCUUUCAAUUGUUCAAAUUAUGGAUCACUUGAAAGCAACAAAAAUGCAUUGUGAAUAUCAUCGGUCAUUAUUGAGUGAGUUAACUUUACAUCUGAUGUUGCAUUGUUAAAAUGUUGGAGCAUUCCUAGAUUUUUCAUCAUAGUUACAAAACUUAAAGCAAACAUCAUAUAUUUUUCUACUUGUUGCUCAAUAUAACAUAGACUUUACAGACAGUAAAAUCUAUGCAGUAAAUUGUUGUUUCCAUGUUGAUAUUUAUUAUGCAACACACAUUUUCUCAUCCUGAGCUUAAUGACAAUUACAUGAACUUUCUUUAAACUUAUUUAUUGUAUUUUAAAUACACGUUUGAAUAUAGUAUUUCAUUCAUUGUUUAUGACUUUUUAAUUUGAAAUUGCAGGUUUUUAUCUGUUUUCAACUAUUUCUUUAUGAAGUAAAUUGCAAUUUACAUUUAAUGCCUUACCAAAGUUAUGUUUCUGUAAAGUUGAUAUAUUUUCUGAAAGUAACUAGUUAUUUCUGCUUACAUUUAUUUCAUUCAUAUGAUAUCGUUAUAGUGAUGAAUGAAUGAUCUUAGUCAGAAUAUAGUGAUGAUUGAUUUUUGUAUACGUGAAGAUCGACUUAAUUUUUGUUUCUUAUUUUCAAUUGUGAUAUACAUUAUUUCCUUCUGGAAAUAAUUUAAUUAGUUGUAAGAUGUUUUUCAAAUUUUCAAUUAAAAUACCUCAUAAUAUAUUUUAUUUAAUACAUAGAUUUAUAUAUUUAAAAAGUUUUGGUUAUGUACUGAGUAACUUAUUUAAAAUAUUUGUUGUGUUUAAUGUGUUAUAGGCUUUGUUUUCAGUCUAUGUAAAUUUUAUGUACAUAUACCUCCCUAUGGUACAAAAAGUUGUGAAUGAUAAAUGUUGUUUCGUUUUACCGUUAGUGUGGACUGUAAGAAUUUUAUGUUAAAUUCAGCAGCUUUUUAAAACUUUUGAUAUGUUCAUUCUAUAAAGUAGAAAUUUGCCUACAUAAGAGUGAGGGGAAAACUAUUGGCUCUAAUAAAACACUUGUGCAUAAAACAUUUGUGCACUAGUAAAUUUACUCAAUGCACUUAUUCACCUCACUUAUGUAUUCUUUCUGAAAGAGAAAAAGUGGAAAUCAUACUCUUCUGCAUUGUACUGUUUUUCUGCAGAUUAAGUAAAUACCCAAAUGUAUUUCUGGUAAAGAUUCCACAAAGGGAAAAAUGAUUCAAGCUACAUGUAUCUAUUUUUAUUGCUUACAUACUUUUGAUUUAUCCUGCUGUAUAACAAAAAUGAAGAAAAUUAUUUUUCAUUUGAGAGAGACUUAUUUUGCUUUAUGUAUUUUUCUCUUAAAAUAUUAAAAAUUAUCAAAACUAGUGAAUUUUCUUAUUUGAAGCAACUUCUGUAGUGCAUAUCAAUAGAUUGUCUAUGCGAUAUUUUUAUUAGCUCUUUAGUUUCCCUUAUUUUCAAUUUUAUAAAAUAAAAUAAAGCAAUGUUAACUGGUUAAUCUAUGAAAUUUUCAGUUUUGUGUUGAAGAAAUUUUGGUUCAACUAUAUUUUUGCUUAACUUAAUUUCAUUAUUUGUUAACUAGUUUUAAUUUUAACCACUUUUCAAUAUACCUAGAUUUUUCUUGCAUGCAAAGAAACAUUAAUCAGAAAAUGCAGGUUUGAAUAAAGAUAAAAAAAAUUUGAUCCUCACUGCCAAUGAUGUCAGUUGAAAGAUUGCAGUUCUCUGUUUUCUGAAAUACUUACUUUUAUUAUAAAGCAUGGUUUAUCUGCAACCAGAGUGAUUGUGAACUUCUUUAAAAGUCAGGUCAAACUUAAUUUUGAGCUUCUAAUUGACUUGAACCUUGUACUGAAUAUCAAAAUUACUUUUUAAUUCUUUACUUUGAUUUUCAUAUCAGUCAUUUUUCCAUUUGCAGUACAGUAUAACCUCCAUUUAACUAUUGUCACGGAAUCAAAAAAAGUUAUCGCUAAAUCGGGGAGCAUAGACAUUUAAUACAGUCAAAUCCGGACCAAUGAAAUGAAUCAUUGAAUUGAAGAAAUCGUUAAAUCGAAGUUAUACUGUAUAUGCACUUCGCCUUUUUUUCAAUUCACAUUAAUUGUAUAUCUCUCUAAUAUAUUUUUUUCACAUACCAUUAUUUACAAUAUUGGGUUUGUUAUAUUAGUUUAUUCUGUAUCAGAUGGUAGACCAACACAUAAAAAACUUUACUGAUAUCAUUCUGCUGCUAUUCAUAAAUUACAGACUCUGUUGCAUUUUAUUAUUUCCCCUGCAGCAUCUAAUGUAAAAUAGCUUUAUUGCCCUGUUACAACCUAUUUUUUUCUGAAAGUUAAACUUUUGACAACUGUGGAUAGCAUAAAUAGCAUUACCUUACAAAUUUAACAAAAAUUGCAUAUUUGUGGUGAUAAAAAAUAUCUCUUUCAGUGUUUAUCAAAUGUUAUCCUGUCACAUUAACUCUCCUGGCGGCUAACCCAAGUAUACUUGUGCUGUUCUAUAGAGUUAAAAAUUGAGUGGGCAUGGUCCUGCCACUAGGAAGGUUAAACGUUGUAUAUUUUUAGUAAAAUUUCACCAAAAUAUUUUAAUAGUACAAAUGAGUUUUAUAUCAAGGAUUUAAUAUAUUUAUUGUAGUAUAUUUUUAUGUUGCACCUUUUCAUUGUUUGUGAUAUUGUUUUAACUUUCAUUUUUACGUUAGUAUUAAUGCUCAGAUAAAUUAAUAUAAUGGUUAAGCUCUAUUUUGUGUUAUUUAUUGCAUAUGUAUAGUCCCAAUUUUGAAGAAUUUCAAAAUUGCAAUCAUUUCCUGUCACCAUACUUGGUUUGGUAUGUCUUACUGUUAAAUAAUUUAAUAGUUUUUUGUGCUGAAUUAUGGCAAUUCUGCAUUUGUUUGCUACUCUGUAACUUGUUGGUAAGUGGUAUAAAAUGUGUAGAUUCUAAGUUGCAUUAUGGAUAUUCAUUGCAAAAAUUGAUUCUUUUCUGUACUUGUAAAUUUAUUUUCUAAGAAUUCUAUAUGCAAACAGUAAAUCCUCAGUGUACAAAUCAAACCAAGUCUCAAUUUUAAUGCAGCUGAAGAUAGUUUUGCCUGCCAUUGUGCUAUAUUUAAUUUUAUUUUGAAUCUAGUUUCUAGUCAAAAAUUAUGCUUUUAAUUAAUGGAUACAAAAAUCAAAAGAAAGUCCAUAGCAAUACACUCUAAAAACAAGUAGUAACCUUUAUCUAAUAUUGUAAGAGCGUCUAGCUAAAUAUUUUAUGGAAAAAUAUUUUCUGGAGAGUAUAAUUUUUUUAAUAAAAAAUUGCUUGUUUUCACCACUUAAUUUACUAUUUUCUAAAAAGGUAUUCAUAAUACAGUGUAGUUUAUUUCUAACUUGAAAAAAAAAAUAUAUAUGAUGCAAAUAUAUAGCAGUGCUGAAUGGGCAAGCUUGUGAUUGCUUCCUGAGACUGAAAAGAUAGUGUUCACAUAUUGGAGUUUGUGAAAUUCUAUUGGUUACUGCUUGAGAUACAUAAGUGCUGCAAUUUGGGUUCUAGGGGUCACACUGCCCCCUCCAAUACACAGUUCAUGUAGAAUAGUAGUCUUAAUUAAUAUUAGGCUAUCUUUGAAAAAUAGAUGCAUACAUACAUUUAUUUUCUUUUCUUUUUUUUUCCAAAUGAACUUUCAUAUGCAUUAAGCUCAAUAUAAUUUUCAUGUUUUAAAAAUACAUGUAUUAUUCUCUAAAUUUUUGCUCUUUGUUCUAUUUCUCCUUUCAAUCCAGCUUCAAAUGAUUCACUUGUUCUUAGUUGUUUUCCAACCUUUAUUAUCUUGAUUGCUAUUAUAUUGUUCAUAUUUUCAGUGUUAUGGUGAUUAAUUAUAAUUGAUAUGUGUUCACUACAUAAUAUAUAUAAUAUUAGCACAAUAUUUUAACUAAUAGUACAGUAAACUAUGCUGUAAGUUGAAUGACAAAUUAUUUUAGAAACUGAGCGUUUGUAUUGCUUACAUUUAUAUGUCGUUCCCAUUACAGCAAGAACUAGUAUUUUCAUCUUGAAAAAAACAAAAUAAAAAACCUCAAAAUGCUUGAUUUUGCCGUUAGUACAGCAACAAUUUACGGUUUAAAAGAACAGCAAUUUAUAAUUAAUUUGCUUUGAAUAUUGACUGCAUUAUUUUUUCCUUUUGUGUUUUGAUUUGAACUAGGGAUGUUCGAAAUAACAGUUGUUAAUCGCAAACAUGUCAGAUCAAAGAGCUUUUACUGAAAUAGUUUGCCCCCUAAAUAGUUCAGGUUUUAUCAAAUCCAAAGUAUUUUUUUGAAAUUUAGAUGGUAAAUUUCUAUGUCUUCAAAAAAUAAUUACAUUUGGAAAUAUAUUUUUUUAAUUUGAACUGAUUUAAUCUUCGUUAUUUAGAGUUUUACAGUUUCUGAAAGUUUGAUGAAAUGUAUAUUUUGCCCCAAUUGGAUCGAUGAAAAUGUGUGCAGAAAAUAAAGUUCCAAAUCAAUAAUUCAAUUGUGAAAACUCCAUAGUUUUGUUUACCUUUCUUCUGGCAUAUUUUUUGUUUGGAAUGUUUAAGUGCAUGUAGUACUUCAUUGCUUUCAGGCUACUUAAAUGCAACUUUUUGCUCCCUUUUUUUCUGGCUAUAGGCGACUUUAGAGACUUUAUUAAUCGAAAACAGGCUGAAAAAACAUCUUUUUUUAAUAGGGUAGCUCUUUUGGGAGACGUUUUUUUUUUUACCACAGAGCAAAUUUUAUUUUGAAAAUAACUCAAGGUUCUUUUUUUCCCAAUUUGUUGCUUUGAAACUCAUAUUUUUGUUUAUUAUUUUUCAUUUUCAUUUCACAAUUUUUUUGUUAAAAUGAACUUCUUUUGCUCCUUUUUUUAUGGACUGAAUCACUCCAUUUCAUUUAAACUGCAAUCAGGGCACAACUUAAAUGAUGCAAAAAACUUUUCCCUGUUUUUGUUUUUGGGUGGAAAGUUAUUUGCUGAAUAACCAUAGCAGCUUCUGUGUUUCCUAGAGUUUGUACAAUUUUAUUUGCUUACUCCGAAAACCCAUUUUGUUUUGGGGAUUUUUUUUUUUUUUUUUUUUUGGAUAUGAUAAUACAUGACCGAAAAGAACACUCCCAACACAGAAGCAAUGUUUAUCAAAAAUGUAUUUCUAUAAUGAGAAGAAAAAUAAGUAUGACCAGUUUUUUACUUCUAAAAUGUUCAACUUUGAGAUUUUUUUCUAGUUGUCAUUAUUUUGUGUACAAACAGAAUUUUUCAAAAGUGAAAAAAUUUAAAGCCUUCUGUUGUUUCAACGUGACCAAAAAGAAAUGCUACAGAAAAAAAAAGUCAAAAUUUUUAAAACGUUUAUAAAAAAGGUUGUUCAGGAAAAUUAAUUGUACAGGUACACACUUUUUUGAGCUACACUUGAUGUUUUGUGAGAUUGUAACCAGAAACAAUUCUAUGGAAAAUUUAUUUUGCCUAUGAAAAGAAUGUCGCAUUUAAUUUCAACCCUAUUUUUAUAGUUUGUUAAAAGAUAAAAUAGAAUAUUAAAAUCUGCAAACGUAGUAGAAAGUCUUUUAACAUUGAAUUCAUUUAAUGAAUAAUCAAAAUCUUCCUAACUUUAGAAAUUAGUAAAAAAUAAACUAAUUAGAAAUUAUGUAGGAAACUUCUUUGCCAAGUUUGGCGAUGAUGAACUACAACUGAAAAAUGACUAUUAUUUUUAAAAUGAACCACAAUUCCCAACAAAAUCAUUGUCUACUAUAUUUCUUCUUACAUUAAAACAAUAAAAUUCACUUUCUUGUUUAAAAAAAAAAAA